CUCUCCACUCCCUCUCUCCUCUCUCCUCCUCCUCUGAGCAUGUCAGAGUCUCCCUGCUGGCUCACAGACUUCAGGAGAGGACAAAAUACACACUUCACACAAUCACGCUGCCGGGACAGGAAGAGCAGGCAGGAGGUGAAGAAAGGGAAGAAGAGAGAGAGAGAGAGAGAGAGAGAGAGCAGGGAGCAGGGAAGGGUCUCCUGGUAAUGGUGUCUCUUUCUGGGUGGUCAGUCUAAAGCGAGAAGAAGGAGCGGUCAUUUCCAAGGAUUCUAUUUGUAUUGUUGAAGUCCUCACUGCACUCAGGACCUGCUGUGUAGAGAAUGAGGUCCAGGACGAGUGGAAUGGAAGCUCCGGACGGUGGGCACCUGCAGGUCAAACAGCCUGGGAAAAGCUUCCACAAAGACAAGGAGCAAAGGGAGAGCAUACAGGAGUUGAUGAAGAAGACCCCCACUGCUCAGAUGGAGAAGGACGUGGAAAGAAAGGAUGAGAAUGUGGUCCCUGCAACAGUGAAGAGAGCACAGAAACCCUCAGAGAAGUGUAAGAGAAAGGCAGGACUGAUGGAGCUCUCUAAAGAAGAUCUGGUCCAGCUUCUCAGCAUCAUGGAGGGAGAGGUACAGGCACGUGAGGACAUUAUUCACAUGCUGAAGACGGAGCAGAAGCGCCCCGAGGCUCUGGAGGCUCAUUACGGCUCCGCAGUCUCGAUCAAACCCCUACAGGCCCUGCAAAGAGACUGUCAGCUGACCUGUGACAGGAUGGCCCAGGAUGAUGUGUAUGAAAUCCCUAUGAUGGAGCUGGACCGUCUGGAGGGAAAGCACCGAGAGACAUACAGACGCAUGCUGGAGCAGCUGCUGCUGGCCGAGAAGUGCCACCGCCGUACUGUCAACGAGCUGGAGAGCGAAAAACGCAAACAUAUUGACUUCAUGAACAAGAGCGAUGACUUCACCAACCUGCUGGAACAGGAGCGCGAGAGACUGAAAAGACUCCUAGAGCAGGAGAAGGCGUACCAAGCCCGUAAAGACAAGGACCACAGCAGGCGUCUGGAGAAAGUUAGAGAAGAGCUGGUGAAGCUGAAGUCUUUUGCACUGAUGCUGGUGGAUGAGAGGCAGCUCCACAUUGAACAGAUCGAUCAGCAAAGCCAGAAAAUCCUGGACCUCAACAAAAAGCUGCAAGACAGAGAGCAACAUCUUGAGAGCAGCUCCAACAAAUCCAAAGAGGACAAUCAGAGGAUUAAGAACUUGGAGGUGGAGCUAGAGCAGAAGGCUGCUAAGUUCGCUCAGGAACACGAGGACAUGACCACAAAGCUGUCCAGUCAGGAGACCCAGAGCCGGCAGUUGCGACUGAAGCUGGCAAGUGUAUCGCGGAGGAUUGAGGAGCUGGAGGAGAGCAACAAAGCCUUGCAGAAAUCUGAGGAAGAUUUACAAGAGCUCAGGGACAAGAUCAGCAGGGGAGAAUGUGGAAACUCAAGUCUAAUGGCAGAACUGGAGAACCUGCGCAAGAGGGUGCUAGAGAUGGAGGGGAAAGAUGAAGAGAUCACAAAAACAGAAGUGCAGUGCAAGGAGCUGAGACAAAAACUCCAAGACGAGGAGAAUCACAGUCGAGAACUGAAACUCGAAAUCGAAAAGCUACAGAAAAGGAUGGUGGACCUGGAGAAACUUGAGGGAGCUUUUAAUGUAAGCAAAUCAGAGUGUGCCCUACUACACACAAACCUAGAACGUGAGAAGAAUCUGACAAAGAACUUAGCCAAGGAGCUUGAAACAGUUAAAAAUCGUGUUAAAGAGCUGGAGUGCUCGGAGUCAAGGUUGGAAAAGGCUGAAGUUAGUCUAAAGGAUGAUUUAACAAAGCUGAAAUCGUUUACUGUAAUAUUAGUAGAUGAGAGGAAAAACAUGGCAGAGAGAAUCAAACAAGAGGAGCAAAAAAGCGAAGACAUGAGCAGGAUGUUUAAGGCUGAGCAAUGCAAGGUCAUGGAAGUAACAGAGAAACUGAUUGAAGAAAGCAAAAAGCUUUUGAAGCUGAAAUCUGAAAUGGAGACAAAGGUAUCGACUCUUACGAAGGAGAAAGAGGACCUGAGGACGAGACUUGCAAGUGCAGAGGAGAAUCGAAAGGACCUCAGUGCAAAGGUCAACCUAAUGCAGAAACGAAUGGAUUGCUUGGAAGAGUCUGAAAGAAAAUCCUUGAGGAGUAGAGCUAAGUUUGACAAAGCAAGUUUUUCUGACGAGGACAACAAGGUUAAAGAGUUAACAGACGAGAUUGAGAGGCUGAAGAACCGUCUGAAGCAGCUUGAAGUUGUGGAAGGUGAUUUAAUGAAGACUGAGGAUGAGUACGACAUGCUUGAAAAGAAGUUCAGAACAGAGCAAGACAAAGCCAAUGCCCUCUCCCAGCUCCUAGAGGAAAUGAAGAUGCAGAUUGCCAGGAACAAGGCUAUAGAAAAAGGGGAGGCUAUGAGCCAAGAAGCUGAGCUAAGAUUGAGGUGCAAGAUGGAGGAAGCCAGAACCAGAGAUUUGCAGGCAGAUGUCUUGGCCCUCAAGGAGAAGAUUCAUGAACUGAUGAACACAGAGGAUCAGCUAUCUCAGCUUCAGGUUGAUUACACAGUUCUGCAGCAGAGGCUAAUUGACGAAGAGGAGAGAAAGAAAAACAUGAGCCAGCAAAUCCUGAACCUCACGAAGGAGCUGGAGGUGACCAAGCGCUACAGUCGAGCCCUGCGGCCUAGCCUGAAUGGAAGAAGGAUGGUGGACGUUCCCCUUACGUCAACAGCUGUGCAGACAGAUGCAGAAAGUAAUGAAGUUGUUGAAGAGGAAACUCCAGCGGUAUUCAUAAGGAAAUCUGUUCUGGAGGAAAAUCAUGUGAUGAGCAACCUGAGGCAGAAAGGCCUCAAGAAACCAGCAGUGCUUGAUCGCUAUCCUCCAGCAGCCACAGACCUGAGUAUGAGAAAAUCGUGGAUUCCCUGGAUGAAGAAGAAGGAUGGAAUUUCUGUUGCUCAUGAUGGCGACAAGGGAACCCAUAAGGUUAAUGGAGAUGCAUCACCUGAGCUGACCAUGUCUCAAAAACCAGGGCAGCCGUUGCAUAUUAGAGUGACUCCAGAUCAUCACAACAGCACUGCGACAUUAGAGAUCACCAGCCCUCGUGCUGAAGACUUCUUCUCAAGCACUACCAUCAUCCCCACUUUAGGCCUGCAGAAGCCUAGGAUCACCAUAGUUCCUAAGCCCACUACUGUGUCACAAAAGAGUACUCAUAGUGCAGCAUCAUGUGGACUGGAGAGGACCAAGUCUCCAGUGACCAUUACUACCAUUUCCAGGGCCAAGUCUCCAGAAGGAAGCAAUGGCUCAUACUCUGACCCCUCAACCUCUCCAGUCUCAGUCAUCACAGUCAGCACCACCCCAGUAGUCCAGGCAUGUGUCUCUCCAGAGCCCCAGGAGAUGACCAUGGGUCGGGCCAUGUUUAAAUUGACACCAGAGAAGCAGACGGUGCCGACGCCCAUCCGCAAAUACAACUCCAACAGCAGCAACAUCAUAACGACAGACGACAACAAAAUUCACAUUCACUUGGGUCCCCAGUUCAAACGGACUCCGGAUGUCAGCAGUAGUGCACACAGUCUCACAAUGAGGCCUAUCAGUCUGAGCGCAGAGAGCAAGGACACCAACGGCUCUACUGGAACUGUCCUGCGCUCACCUCAACAGACCUCCACAUCCAUUGGGAAAACCACUUCCGGCAAAAUGACGAGCAGCAUCACCAUCACCCCCAUCACUUCUGCUCCCUCCAGACCCACACAGUCUGUGUUGCUUCUGAAAUGUUUCAAAAUGAUAUCAGGGGGCGUCUGCUCCCUAGAUAGCUCUCUAUCCAGUCCGGGACGGAUGUGCAGUCAACUCGGUCAGCAGCCACGCGAAUCCCUAUGUCAAAAGAAAAUGUUGUGCUCCACAUGACUAUUGAGCCCCGCUGAGCCUGUGGUUUAGUGCUAAGGGCCGCAGCACAGUACACAGCUCAGCACCUCCACAGCUCAGAUACGGAGCUUUCCCGUCAGCUCAGUCCGCUGACAGAAGGGUCGACACCAGAGCUGCUCUGAUAUUUAACCUCUGGAGCCCAGCUACAACAGGAAGUUCAAGAAUGUGUAUGUUGGUGAAAUGUAUGUUGGUGAUAUGCACAAGAAUCUGAAGCAGCGCUCAUAAUACACUAUUGUAUUGCUAUUGUAUUGUGUUAAAAAUGCUGCUUAUAAUUUAACAUUAUGAAAUUCUUGUAUGGAUUUAGGGGCUAAAUUAAUACCUACACAUCUAAAACAACAAAAAGAAAAAAGUUCUGCCUAUGCCCCAUGGAAAUUCAAGAUAUGUGAGUAGUCACAAUUCUAGCUGUUGAUCUAGGAUUAAGUAGUGUUAAAUGUCCUUACAACUUCAUAAAUAGAAUCUUUCAUCAAUCUGGUACCCACUACCAGCCUUGCUCACACACUUACAGUGGUUGGACAAUGAAACUGAAACACCUGUCAUUUUAGUGUGGGAGGUUUCAUGGCUAAAUUGGAUUAGCCUAGUGGUCAGUCAUCAUUAAUUGCACAUUGCACCAGUAAGAGCAGAGUGUGAAGGUUCAAUUAGCAGGGUAAGAGCAGUUUUGCUCAAAAUAUUGUAAUGCACACAACAUUAUGGGUGACAUGACAUACCAGAGUCCAAAAGAGGACAAAUUGUUGGUGCACGUCUUGCUGACGCAUCUGUGACCAAGACAGGAAGCUUUGUGAUAUAUCAAGAGCCACGAUAUCCAGGGUAAUGUCAGCAUACCACCAAGAAGGACCAACCACAUCCAACAGGAUUAACUGUGGAGGCAAAAGGGAGCUGUCUGAAAGGGAUGUUCGAGUGCUAACCCGGAUUGUAUCCAAAAAACAUAAAACCACGGCUGCCCAAAUCACGGCAGAAUUCAAUGUGCACCUAAACUCUCCUGUUUCCACCAGGACUAUCUGUCUGGACAGUAAAUUAUUGUAGUCUAAAACCAGGUGUUUCAGUUUCAUUGUCCAACCCCUGUAUAAGUCACAUUGUCUUGCCAUGAGCACACUGGCCAGUGUUCAGCCAUAUAUCCCAAGAUAAGACUUCAAGUCUUCAACUGUAUGAGACUGAGAUACAGGAAAUAAUGGGUCUAAUGCACUUCCUUUGACCUGUUAUCAUCAAUGAUCUGUUCAGUUUUUUUCUACUACAUGACCAUCUGUUAAGACUGCUUGCAGGUGUACUGAUUUAUUUGAGUUAUUAGGACCCCUACAAUCUCUUUGAUUGUGUAUGAGUGUAUUUAUCUGUAUAGAAUAGAUUGCUUAAAUGUUUAACUGCAAUAUAAAACUUUAUUUCUGAUAGUUAUAUGAAGUGCUUUAUAUCAGUGUCAGAGGAAAAUACCACAAUAAUGAACAAAAAAAAAUUAACUGCUGUUGCUUCUAGCAAAUGUAUGGGCAGAAAAGUCCUUUACAUUUGAAUAAAUUUAUGUAGCCCUGAUUUCUAAAGUGGGGUUCAUAGAAUACAAUCAAGGGUCACUUUAACAUGAGCCAAAAUACAUGUUCUAAGAUGCAAAGAACCUCCUUUGAGUGUUGCAGUGCUACACAGAACUCUUACCUUUACUAAUGAACUUUUAAAGAACCUCUUUUAUAAGAAUGUAUAGGGCAGGCUACACACCACAGGCAAUGCUUUAUUAUUUCUGAUCAGGAUAUAAUAAUAACUAUAAUAACUAUAGUAGAUACAAUAAAACCAUAAAUAUAUAAUAAAUAUAUACAGGCUAUUAAAUAUAUAGAAAGUCCAAUCAAUCACAUUUAUAAAUAAUACAUACUUGUGGAGCCCCCUGCUGGUUGUGGGACCCUGUUCACCUUUUACAUUUGAUUUCUUGACAAUGUAAGUCAGAGGAAGCAGGGGACACCAUGUGUACAAUACAAAAAAUACCAAUUUUAUUUACUAUCCAAAUACUUACAAGCUGUGAACCUACAUAUGUCUUCUGAUAUUAAAAUAUGAUGCUGAAGAUGUGGAGCAUUUCACCCCAAAUUCAUGGAACUUAUUGUUUUUCUUAGCUGGAAUUAAAGAAAUCAGUGGUGUUCCACUUUUAAAAGUGAGUAUAUGUAGCCAAAACAACCAAACCCACUUGUUGUGAUUUUGCAUCUAGUAAUAAUUAUGCUGAUAAUAACCUCUAAUGACUUCAGUGUAGUGAUUGUAAUGUGUGGUAUAUUAUGUUCAAUUAAGUUCUCUAAGAUAAUCUGCACUAAAUAAACUGUAUAUGAGUGGAGAAGCACUUACUGGAAUAAGGGUCUCAAUAAACAUGUACAUUGUGUCAA